CGAUGGUUCUCGUGAACACGAAUGUGGGUCCAGGUACUCAGGCACAUCAAGCCCGAGCAUGUGAUGAGAUACAACUGGGAGCAGGAUGACCGGGGGCCCCCAAUUUUCAAUCAUGGAAUGCUUCGUCAAGAAGGCGAUGUAAGGAGAUACCAACCACUGAAACUAUGCAGUCUCUAUCUGGAUCAAUUCGGAAUGCUGCGAUUUUCAUCGAAAUGCGAAGGGUGCGGUUUCAAAGAUCCUUCGAACUGA